CAUAACAACUCUCUUCCCCAAUUCUCUUCCCAAACGGCAGAGUCCUCUCUCAAGUCUCAACUCUCAACUCUCCGUCAAUCUCAUUCCCUCUCCAAACUGGCCGCCACCUCCUCCGCCUCCGCCGUAUCCGCCUCGCCUGCCUCAAGAAAGAAUUCACAUGUUUACAAAUGACCAGAGACAAAAAGAGCGCACUGGGAAAUAUGGUAGUCCGAGACUGGAAUACCUCCAGGAACUAGUUACACAAUUUCAGAAUGCAACCAGUGAAGAAAUAAAAGAGAAAAUUGUUGCUAAUUUGGGAAACUUCGCCUAUGAUCCUUACAAUUAUGCGUUCUUACGCCAGCUAAAUGUUUUAGAACUCUUUCUGGACUGCCUAACAGAGCCCAACGAGAGGCUCGUGGAGUUUGCCAUUGGAGGAAUCUGCAAUGCUUGUGCAGAUCCAGCAAAUGCUGAAGUCGUCAUUCAAUGUGAUGGGAUUCCUCUUAUCGUUCAAUGCUUAUCCAGUCCUGUUAGGAACACGGUGAGUUAUGCUCUUGGGUCACUUUACUAUCUGUGUAAUGCAACUACAAGGGAUGAAAUUCUGAGACCAGAGAUAGUAGACGCCAUCAAGAGGUUUGCUUCAGCUGGUGCAGUUAAUGUGGGCUUCAGUAAUCUGGCUCAGGCUUUCUUGGAUAAGCAUGUCUCUGAACUUAACUGAUUCAUUUGGUGUAAGCAGUCAAGUAUUGUCAGUGCUACGGAUGUCACUUCAUGCGAAUGCUUUCCGAUGGAUGUCGCAUCGUGUGAAUGCUUUUCAUCUGAUUGAUUGAAAAAAUAUCACAUUGCUAAUAUUUAAAUUGAAUAAAUCCUUACCACAUAAAAUUUCAAUUA